AUGUAUGCCAGAGCACAAGAAAAUGAUUCAGUAUAGUACCUGAUAGUGAUGAUUAUUGGUAACCACUACGAUGCCCGUUAUGCGAUACAUGAAAUUUACAACAUUGAUUCUGAGUGCUGGUGCGACACGACUUGUCUGUCUUGCUUUGCGCCACCACAAGCUCUACCGUCAUGGCUUCUCAAAUCCUCCCAUUAGAGCUGAUUGACAGAUGCAUUGGAUCCCGCAUAUGGGUUAUCAUGAAGACUGAUCGUGAGUUUACUGGGACGCUGCUCGGCUUCGACGAUUUCGUGAACAUGGUCCUAGAGGAUGUAACAGAAUACGAGACAACGCCUCAGGGAAGAAAGAAAACACGGCUUGCGCAGACGCUUCUCAACGGCAACAACAUUUGUAUGUUAAUUCCAGGCAGCGAAGGUCCCGAGUCAUGAAAGAUACAACAAUGGAAAAGACAACACUUGGCUCUUGCAUUCUCAGAUUAACUUGGGCUGCUUGUAGGGGAACUCUUCACUAAAACUUGUACCCUGCUGUACGAGCAGGUACGGUAGACCUCGGUGAUGUUACUGGACAUUACGAACAUCACAUCCUUUCAUCCACCAACUAUAUGUAUAAUCUAGAAAACUUAUUGCCCCAUUCACUGCAAUCCACGGUUUGUACAAAAAUGUACAGUGGCCUAGAGUUUUGUGCGAUAAAGUUGAAGUCGUGAACACAGGCCGAGCUCGCGCCUGCCCGCGCUCGACGCGUACAUGGAAAACACGUCUGACCAAACA